UUGGACAAGUCGUCCCUCGAGUGUUUGAAUGAAGAUUCUUUACACAGGGUCUCCAACACCCUCAGCCCCGGAAUCGAUAAAUACUUGCAGUCUUCCCCGGGGGAGGGUGAGCAGCUUUUAAUCAAAUACAAGUUCAUGAAUCCCGUGAAACUGCACUCCAUGAUCGUUAAGGGUCUUCCUGAUGGCGUUUCUUCUGGCACUGCUCCUAAGACUCUGCGUCUGUUCAUAAAUUCUGAGAAUUUAGACUUUCAGGACGCCGAGUCCGAGCCCUGUACUCAAGAACUGACUCUUGAGAAAACUCAUGUUGAGACUGGCCAGAAGGUUCUUCUUCGCUACGUUAGAUUCCAGAACGUUAACAGUCUUGCUAUUUUUAUCGCUGAUAAUUACGGUAAUGAUACUACCAAGGUUGCUCACAUUGGACUUUAUGGUACCACUGCAACUUCCUCAAAGAUUGAGAACUGGAAGCCUACCAAGGAGAAUGAAAUGUAA